UUUCAACCUUCCUUAUUCAGGACGGUGGACUGACUUCGUUGGGCCUAGCCUAUGUUUAGGCCUGCUCCCUUCCAGUGAUGAAAACAUUAUUAAGAAUCAGCAGAUGUUAAGCAGUAGUAAUACCUUAUGAAGGGAAGUAGGCCUUAAAAGGCUAGGACACUGAUUCUCAAAAUGAAGAAGAAAAAGGAAAAGUCAGGAAAAUCAGCAGUUCGCACCAAGUCGAUAACAAUCCAGUCGUACGAUGAAACACCUAACAGAUUCAAAUCCAAAAUGGACCCCAUCAACAAUGUGGAACUGCGGGAGAAUUUCCUAGAGCACGGUCGAAUUCCUAAGUUCCAAAUCCGUGCAUCGCAAAAUCUCCGUGCUCGACACAUAGAUAUAAAGUUUGAUUUACUAUCAGAGGCUACAGCGAUCUUGGAAAAAGUGUGCCGUUCAUUUGGAAGUGGCGAUGCAUUCAUUGAGAAAGCUUUUGGAGAUGAAAUAACAGUAGAGGAUGCAACUGAACAACUCAAAACCUAUCUGUACAAAAACAAUUGUAAUAACCAAGUAAAAAUCUGCUGGAGUAAAGAUUUAGUUUGCAGUGGUAAGAUGUGUUGGUAUGGGCCAUGCAUCCAAGCUAAUCGUCCAGAAGCGAGGUCAUUCAGUCUGUUGCUACAAAAUUCGAAGGAGAACAUGUUCAUACGAGAAAGAGGAAUCAAGUGUCUUGCUGACCAUGAAGUUGGUACACACUAUCUCCGUAUGUACAACGAUGGAUUGCAACCAUGGUUUUCACAGCGACAACAAUUUGGAAUUGGCGGCUUAAGAUCCAAGAAACUGCUGGAGACGGAGGAAGGGCUUGCCACUAUAAAUACUUUACUGAAGGCAAAGCAUCAGUUACUAUGGAAACCUGCAUUGCUUUACUAUACUGCAUGCAAGUCUUUGGAGAUGUCAUUCCAGCAGCUGUAUGAUCAUCUAGGCCUGUAUGUGAAGGAUUCAAACUAUCGCUGGAAGCUGGUGAUGAGGGUAAAGAGAGUGCUUGAUGAUGUCAACGAUCUAGGUGGCUAUGGCAAGGAUCAGUGCUAUUUCACAGGUGCUGUGCAACUUUUACGAAGCAUUGAUGAAAUUGACUUUCCACUGCUGUAUAGUGGACGGAUCUGUGUGGAAGAACUGCCUCGUGUACGACGACUUGCUCGCUUGGAGUGCAUCAAGCUACCAAGCUUUCUUCAGGAUGUUACGAAGUACAAAAAAGAGCUGUGGAACAUUGCUGUGAUGAAUGAUCUAAUAGCUAAAGAGAAGGUGCCAGUUAAGAGACGUACAAACAUCCACAAAAGAAAUGUCUCAGUCAAGAUAACCUCUGUCAAAAAACCUCCUAAGUUAAUUAAUAAUCAUCAUGUGACAAAGGCUCUUCACCAUCGAAUCACUCCUCCAUCGUCGUCAUUUAUAUCACCCAUUCCUUAUUCGCCUCAUAAAUGGAUACUUUCAAAGCGCCCUCGCUCUUGCCCAAAUAACUUACCAGCACCCAAGAAGAAUCUGCCACAAUGGAAAUACUGAGCUAAAAAUGUCUUUCUAGAAAAUAUUUGUGGAAUAUCGUAUAAAUUUUUAAUAUCCUUCCUUCUUUUGUUUUGCAGUUUUGCAUCAAAUAUAUUUUCAAUUUGUGUUUAAAUUUAUAUUAUACAUUAUUGUACACUUGUGGAACAUCAAGCAAUAUAUAUUUAUAAACUACUGUAGUAUGUAAAACAUUCAUGUGAAUAGAACAAGUAUAAAGAAAUGAAAACAUUCAUGAACAUGAUAUAUGUAUAUUCACAUUUAUGAAAUUAUGUGAAUUGAAUAUUGUUAUAUAUAUUUUGAAGGUAAAUCCUGUAUAUCUCUGAUCUAAACCAAUUAUAUAUAUAUAUGGUAAACCUGUGUAUACUGUCUCUCUAAAUAAAGAUACAUAUUAUAACCCAAUGCAAAACAAUCAUGGGAAAAAAGCAAGUAUAAAAUAAAUAAUGGAAUUGAAAUUAUAUUCAUUUAAUAAAUGAUGUGAAGUGAAUUUUAUAUAAAAUUAUAAUUUUUAAACAUAAGACAUGAAUUAAGCAAUGCAAGACUGUCAAUUCAUGCAAUCAAGUACAUAUUAUUAAUAUUAUUAUUAAAUCAUUAUUAUUAUUUAAAUUAUUACUCUAGGAUUUAUUAUUAUGUUUUUGUUAUUUUAGUUGUGGUCAAGUGAUGUGACCUUGAUAUGAUUAGAAGCAAAAAAUUGCACUUUUUAAAAUUGAAAAAAGCCUAAAGCUGACCAAUUUAAAUGCAGAAAUUAUCUACUCUACUUUUUGAAACAGCAUCCAUUUGGAAGCUGUAAUUAGGGUAAAUUACGUUUAGAUAUCGAAUAAUACAUUUAUUAUGGUUUUAUAAAGUUGUUGUUUUAUAUUUCUAUAUUUCUGAUGGACAGUUUAUUGUAUAUUAUGCAAAGGAGGACAUUAGCUUGGCCUCAUAGCUCUGUUGGUAGAGCUAACAAACAGCAUCCAGAGUUUCUUGGGUUUAAAUCUUGUUGAAGAUAAUAUUUUUUCAAAUAACCAUAUUAUUUUUUAUUAAGGGAUUUUGCAAUUCUGACAAAGAAAAUGAUGGCAAUAUGCAACCCUCUCGUCACCACUACUUAGUCCAUUUCUGAACUAAUUUAUCUGUGGUGACCUAUGCAACUCCUCCACUCCAGAAACUGAAUGUAUUCUCACUUAGUAGUACUUUUUUAAAUAUAGUUUGUAGGGUAGAUUUAUAGUAAUCAAAUACUUGGGUCAGAAAUAUAGUAAAUACCUACAUUUUCUCAAAUAAAAAAUACAUAUACUCAGUUUUGAAAUAUACAAGAGCAAACGUUCACCAGUCUGCAUGUUCCUCCACGCUUAAAUACGGUGCAGGCGCAAGUUAUUAUAUUGGGUUUUUUGGAAGAGCAAAUAAGAUAGAAAUUUUUAAAUAAUUAGAAUGUUUAUUUGUACAAAAUAAAAUUAUUUAGAAUGUUCAUUUUUACAAAAUUAAAAUAUCUUAAAAUUGAAAAAAAUAAAAUUUCUUAAAAUUGAAAAAAAAAAAUUGAAUACCAAGACUUAAGUUAUUUAGAAUACAUCCUUAAGCGACCGCGCCAUCCAUGCGACGUGCCCUAUUAGUGGUAAUGGCAGUAGUGCAGUCCUGGCCGAAACCCCUGUUUUAUUUAGUAAAUUUAGGGAGUCCAACUUAAAAAAAAGGGCGACGAAUGUUUGUUGGAAAUCACCUCUAGUUUAUGUGUACAAAAUUUCCUGCAUGUCCAUUUAAAACUGGCGGUGCUGGAUGCUUUUAAAAUUCUGGUAACAAGAACAAGAACAAACUGGGAUCAGCGCCUUGUGCGGGCCCAAAAAGUAAUCUACAAAGACUAUAAGAAUAAGAACUAUGUUACUUUGAACCAUUCUGUCUAUAAAUAUUUUUAUUGUUACAAAAAAUGUUUUUUACAGUACAGUAGUAUGAUAUUUUACAGAAAACCUUUUUUUUUUAAUACUGGAAUUAGCAAUAAAAGCAGAAGAAAGUUUG